UGCCAUGCUCACGGAGGGCUGUGGUUGCUGUGCCAGGGUCUCGGUGCUGUGCCAGGGUUGUUGUGCUGUGCUGCUGUGCCUUAGUGUGAGGCUCGGGUGCUUGGCCCUGGGAGCACAGUAGGAUGCCUGGGGCUCCUGUGCUCUGUGGGGAGGUGAUGGUGGCCUGCUUAAAUUUGCAUAAUUAAUUGCCUCACCAUAACCUAUUAAGCAUUGCCCUCACAGCCUUGUGCCCUUGUGGCUGUGACUCAGCCCAGACUGGAAGCAUGAAGGAUAGAUGGAUGCAUGUUCCCAUGGUCCUUGCAGCUCCAGGGAAGCCUUUCCUUGCAUCUUUGUGCAUUUAUUUCAGUCCUUUUUGAAAGCUGGACAUGGCACAUGGGGCACAGCACAUCACCUGCUUUGGGCUUUGCUGCUGCAGCUGUGGGUGUUGUGUGUAGGACCUGCUCAGGCACCACUGACAACCUUUGAUCAGUGUGCCACAACUGAUAACAGCCACGAUCAAUAACACAGCCUGUCCCAGCUGCCAAGCAGAGUUUGUGUGUCCUGGAGGGAGCAGUGGCCCUGGGGCAGGAGCAGCUCAGCCAUUGGGAUGAAUCCAGGAGCACCAGUGCUUGCACAGGGCUGUGCAGGAGUCAGCACUGCCCUUAACUGCUGCUCAGUUAAGCAAAACAGGAGCCUGUGGGGCACCAGCACCCUGCUCUGUGCUGUGGCUGUUUCUGGGUGGAAGCUUGAGGCCAGUUUGGGUUUCCCUUCCUGCAAACCUUUUUGCUUUAAUUAUUAACUGGUGCCAGGUAGUGCCAUGGCUUCUGGCUGGGGCUAAGCCAGGGCAGGGGGGAGGCUGAGGGAAGCCACCUGCCCUUGGGCCCUGCACAGCUCCUGCAGCACCCAUGAGUGCAGGUGGGGUGUGAGUCCUCCCAGCUGUGCUUUUGUGGGGAUGAGGGUUUCAGGGAAUGAACAGAGUCCAGGGAACAGUCCUAUCUGUCUGUGUAGGACUCUGCCGCUGGCGCUUGGGCUGUUCUUGUCCUGGGCUGGUCAAGGCAGCUGGGCACCAUCCAGCUAAAAAUAACAGCAGUAAAUAAAACACUUCCUCCUGGCCUGGCACACCGGAGCGGAGGCACAGGGAGCUGGGACGUGCCUGGCUGCGGCUCCACAGAGGGACUGGCCCUGUGCCAGGGAGCUCUGGGCUGGUGCCACCAGGUCCAGACCUGUCCAAGUUCCCUCAGCACCCCCCUGCCAGGCUCCUGGGGACACAGUGGCCCAUGACAUCCUAAAUCCUGACAGCAGAAUGUCACCACUGGCUGCUGGAUCCCCAGGUGACAUGGUGAUGGCCCAUGGUAGCAGGAUGCCACGGCCACUCCAUGCUGAGCUCUGUGCUGGCUCAGUUUCUCCAUCUGCAGCGUGGGACUCCCACACCUGGCACGUGUCCCAGGUGACGGCUGGAAGGGUGUGGGACACGGGAUCCUGGUCACAGCCGCGUCAGCCCCACGCGCCAGGGCAGCGAGGUGUCAGCGGGAGCCACCGCCCACGCAGGGAUCACGGUGGGGAAGUCCCUUUGCCCCCCCAGCAGGGCCUGUGGAGCCCAGGAAGGAUAAUGAGGGGGGAGGGCCCAGUAGAGGGACCAAGCCAUGUGCUGGGGGUGGCAGGAGAAGUGAUGCAGGGAGAGGGGGCCACCAUGGGGGGGUACAGCCCCAUUCCUGCUCCCCCAGGAUACCCAAACCAACAGAAAGCCAUCCCUGUCCCCAUCCCAAUCCCUGACCCAUCCCUACAGUGCCAGGACUCUGUGCAUUGUUGCCUUCACCUUCCUCUUCCUCUUCCUCACCUGUGCCCUACCUGGCGGGGGUGCAAUCAGCUGAGGGUGUCAGGCCCCUCCCUGGGCUGGGCCAGGCUAUAAAAUCCAGGGGCCAGGCAGAGGGUGUCACAAAGAUCCGGGAGCUGUUGGCAGGUGAGUCCAGGGGUGCCAGGGUAGGACUUGGGUGCUCUUGUCUGUUGGAUGUUGCUGCAUCCCUGGGCUGCAGGUGGGAUCUUGCCUGGUUCCUGCAGGGCUCAGAGCUGGGUCUGGAUGUGGCCCCUACACUGUGAGUUCUGGAUGAUGCUUUUUGGGGCACAAGAUGCCAUAGAGAAGGUUUGAGGGGCACAGCCUUGGGCACAGCAUGAGGUGCAGAGGGGGCUGAUGGUGUGUACGAGGGCUGUUCCCAUGGGACAUCUCACUGCUGGGUCUGCGUUAUGUUGGAAUGGCCCCUUUGGCCAGCUGGACAUGGGGAGCAGAGGGGUCUGAUAUCCAAUUUCCGUGAGAUAUCCCACUCUCCUAUCUGUGUGGUUUGGGAUGGCUCUGUGGGACAGGUGAGCGUGGGGAGCAGGACCUGCCCAGCACACAGCCAUCUAUGUCCCAGCCACCAGGAAGUGGGGGUGGUGGUGGCCUGGUGACAUAGCCUUGAGUCACACUGGAGAUUCCAGGUGACAGCCCAUCUCCGGUACACGGGCUGUGAGGGAUGCUUGGAGAGAGGCAGCCCAGUCCUUGAACUGCCCCAUCCCUGUCCCCAGACAGCAGCAGCGAUGGCAACGCUCUACCCCUCCCUGGAGGACAUGAAGGGCCAUCAGGUUUUGCAGGCACAGGCAGCGGCUGGGGUGAAGACCCCCGCCACCACAGUGGUCACAGAGAAGCCGAAGCUCACCUCAGGCACUGAGCCACCUGUACUGUACCCCAACCUAGCUGAGCUGGAGAACUACAUGGGACUGGCACUGUCCAGCGAGGAGAUCCAGAAGAACCUGCGCACGGAGGACAGCAGCACCGCACUGACCCCUGCCGGGCCCUCUCCAGGCCAGCUGGUCGCCCCCCUGACCGGGAACAACGCGGGGCUGCGGCGGGCAGAGAUCAAGCCGGGUGUGCGGGAGAUCCACCUGUGCAAGGACGAGCGGGGCAAGACGGGGCUGCAGCUGAAGAAUGUCGAUCAGGGCAUCUUCGUGCAGCUGGUGAAGGCCAACUCGCCAGCAGCGCUGGUGGGGCUGCGCUUCGGGGACCAGGUGCUGCAGAUCGACGGCAGGAACUGCGCAGGCUGGAGCAGUGACAAGGCACAGCGCGCGCUGAAGAAGGCGAACCCUGAAAAAAUUGUCAUGGUGGUGCGGGACAGGCCUUUCCAGCGCACCGUGACCGUGCACAAGGACAGCACCGGCCACAUCGGCAUCGUGGUGAAGAAGGGGAAGAUUGUGUCGCUGGCCAAGGACAGCUCAGCCGCCCGCAACGGGCUCCUCACCCACCACUGCAUCUGUGAGGUGAACGGCCAGAACGUCAUCGGCAUGAAGGAUAAGCAGCUCAUGGAGGUGCUGGCAGGGGCUGGGAACGUGGUGACAUUGACCAUCAUCCCCACUGUGAUCUACGAGCACAUGGUCAAACGGCUCUCAUCAGGGCUGGUGAAGUCGUCCAUGGACCACUCCAUCCCUGACCUGUGACACCAUCACUGCUGUUCUGGGAGCUGAUGCUGGAAGCCCAGGGGGCCUGCUGAGGGGACCCCACAGCACCUCCAAAGGAGCUGUUUUAGCACAAAAUCCCUUCAGAAUCUGGUGGCUGCUGGGUGGUUCUUCCUUUCCUCAGCGGGGAUGGGGCAGAUGUCCUGUACCAGGUUCCCAUUGUCCCCAUGUCCCUGCUUGGGCCACCCCCCUCAGGGCGGAUGCCAAG